GAAGAAGAAAAAUGGCGGAAAUGGCGGGUGGUUUAACAGAGCAGCGCUUUGCUCAGCGGGUUUAUGAUUCAUUACAGGCUGUGUCGUGUCCGUUGGUGGAAGAUCUGUACCUGCAAGAGGAGGAGAGCAAGCUGGAGUUGCUGUGCAGCCCGUCCAUCCUGCGCACCGACAUCCUGGCAUGGAUCUGCUGCAGAGUCAGCCCAAAGUUUGCAGCGACCAAAGCAUCGUCAGCGGAGUCAAAAGAUCCCCACAGUUUAGAGAAAAGAAUGGCUGCGAUGGGCCAGGAGCUGCUGCUGUGCAGAGCAGACGAGCUGGAUCUGAUCAGGGGUCAGACCAGCCCUCAGCGACAGCUUCACUUCCUGGAGCAGCUGCUGUCUUUUAUUCCCGGUCGGAAGACGUCUGCGGCUCCCGGCGGCGACGUGGAGCCGCUUCUCAGUGAGCUCUUUUCUGCUGAGAACGCCCUGCGCCUCAGACAGAUGCUGCAGCCAUCGUUGGACCCCUGGCCGGCGCACAUCGAAACUUUGCAGGAAGUUCCUGAAUCGCCAAGAGGAGAGCUUCCAGACGUCUCUGAGCUGCUGCAGUCCACUCAGGCAGAACUGGAGCUGCUGCAGUCUAAGUGUGACUUCCUGAACGCCGAGGAGAAAAACCCGACUUUCUCCUCCAGCUCGCUGCGGCUAGCAGCAGGCGACCUGCACCAGCAGAUGACGACCUUCGGCCAUCUUUACGAGGCGGAUCUCGGGGUUUACUGCGGCCGAGAUCUGCCCAGUUUCAGCUCAGAGUCGGACAUCUUCCAGAGGGUUCACCAGAAGCUGAUGGUCUGCAACACGGAGCUGGAGAUGCAGAAGGAAACAUCAGCAGCCUCUGAGUCUGUGAGCGAAGAGGUGAAACGUCUACAGACUGAAGCUCGCUACUGGAGCAGAGGACAGAAGCACACGCUGCCCAACCAGUUGGAGGAAAUAACCCGGCGAAUCGGGAACAUCGCCUCCCAGCUGGACACCCGAUGACGUCAUCGCUGUUCACCGAUGAAACCGCCGAGGGGAUGAUGAUGAUGAUGAUGGCGGCGCUGCUGCAGAAGCUUCCAGAACAGAAGUCAAUGGUUGAACUCAUUAAGCUAAAGAAGCCUUCAUCCACCAGCUGAUCGCUCGACCAAUCAGGUCGUCACCAUAAACUGCUGACUCAUCAAACAGCUUUUCUACAUACAGAAAGUCAUUUCUGCUCCAACAGGAUGGAAAUGAUCCAACAUCAGCUCAUUUCUGGAAGCAUUAAUUACUGAACAAAAGAAAAACAUCAAGACUUUCACCAAACCUUAGAUCCUAAAGAUUAAAACAAAGGUUAACUAAACUAUGUAUUACACUCUGAACUGUAAUUUCUAUUAUUUUUGUGUUUGAAAUAAAGAGUAUAAAUGUG